GUUAGGGGGGAAGGAAGAUGGCGGCGAUUGAUGGAAUGGGACUGCUGUUGCGGUAUUAAAAUGGCAAAAAGCAGUUGAUGAUGUCUUUUAACGGUUGAGUUGAUGUCAUACAAAGAGACACCGGUAAAUGUAAAACGGAGGCUCUGAUCCGAGACUGCUGAUCCCCGCGCUGCAGGCUUAUUCCUGGAUCCCUUUUUUCUGGCGUAGCCUUGCCCAUCGCUGCCAACCUCCAGGUCCUGCUUCUGCAUCACCAGUUUUCCUGGCCCAUGGACUUGACUCCAGCAUCUGGCUUCAAAAGGAGGGCUGUUGCCUCCUCUUCAUCAAGUGGAGUUAGAGAGAUUGCCAGGAGCCCUCCUCCCUGCUCACCCUCCUUGUCUCCAUCAUCCAGUUCAUCUGAUCCAUCUUCACCCUUGUCAACGUCCUCCUCUGCCUGUGCCAACUCAUCAGUUUAUCAGAACCAUGUAAAAGAUCAGACCCAGGGGACAGAGGUGGCCAGGGUGUCCUCCACUUCUGCCUCUCUUGCAGCGCAGUCUCUAUCCACACCUACACCCAACACCCCCUCGUUGGAUUCCUUUCCUCACACGUCAGUGCAGCCGAGUGUUGAUUGUGAAGAAGAGGACAGGGAAAGGGAGAUGUAUGAUCCGUUCCAUCCAACUGAGGGAGUGAAGGAGGAGGAUGAGGGGGAAGGGGAGAAAUACGACCCCUUUGACCCCACUGGUUCUCCAGCAUCAGACGCAGAUGACAGGAGAGGCAAAGCGAGGGGGAUGAAGAGAAACACUGUUGAGAAAGAGGAAGAACCUCCAGAUUCCACUGACACGUUAACUGACCUGCGAAGUCCAGGUCUGGCCACCCAGCUCCCUCUGAGGAGGAGAGUGGACUGCAGCACCACCAAAACUGGAGAACAGAGGGACAUUGCAGACUCUGAUCACUCUGAGAUAGAGGAGGGGGAGAUAGUUGGUGCUGCUGACAGAGAUGGGAGCAAUAAAAGACCAGCUGGAGAAAUCCUCCCCCUCAAUUCCCCCAGCGUCUCCUUCUUUGGUUCAAAGCCAGAGCGCAUCCUCCGGGUGCUGGACGGAGAUGGCUUUGUGUCCGUACGUACAGAGGGCAGUUGGGAGGUGGACAGGGAGCCUGAGGAUGAGCCUGUGGUGGGAGUGGAGGAUCUGAGACGGAAGCUGGUCAGCAGACGGAAAGAAAGAUAUCUCUCUUUUCCUGCUACUUCCCCGCUCUCUCCUCAGCCACCACCUCCUCCCUCCCAUCCUCCAGCCUCUGCACCCUCUUCCCCUCUCACGCCUUCUGUAGAGCAAAGUAGCAAGAACCGCAAGUCAUCCAAGAGUUCCAAGGACCGCGACAGACAGAAAAGCAAGGACAGGAAGGCUGGGGAGAAGGAAGAGAGAAGAAAAAAGAGAAGAAAGGACAAAGAGGGAGGUGGGGAGAGAAGCAAAGAAAAGGAGCAGGGGCACAAGGAGGUUAAGGGAAUGAGGAGCAGCAGGAGCAGCAGCCGGAAGAGGAAGAAAAGACGUCACAGCAGCCCAGAGGCCUCACGAUCCUGCAACUCUUCAGGAAGAGGGGGCCACACUAGACACUCAUUUUCAAGCCUGUCUGAAGAAAGAAACAGAGAGAAGGAAAAAGAUAAAGAGAGAGACAGGGACAGGAACACAAUUAGAGAUAGAGACAGGGAUAGAGAUAGAGACAGAGAGAGGGAUAGAGACAGAGGAAGAGAGAGGGACAGGGAUAGAGAAAGAGAGCAAAAUCGCACCAGUAGUUGUAGAAGAGAUGAAAGAGAUCGAGAUUCUAGCUCUCGAAAGAAGGAGAUGGAGAGGAAGGGAAGACAACACUCGAGCAGCAGAGAGCGGGGCAUUUCAAAGACGUCGAAAAGAAGCAGGGAAAAGAGGGAAGGGGACAGAGACAGAGACAGACAGCAAGAGAGGGAGCGACGAAGGGAUGGUCGCCCUGUAGUCCCGCCAUCUAUCCAAGACCUCAAUGGGUCUGACCUCUUUGCCAUCAAGCGAACCAUCACAGUCACCACGACUACAACCACCACCACCGUGCCCGGCUCUCCAAGACUGGCCCCGACCUCUCCCUGUCGGCCCGCACAGGAAUCUGAUAAGCCCUGCAAGAGGAAGAAGAAGAGAAAAUGGCACUCAGCUGGAGAGCUGGAAGACCGGGGAAGUUGUCACAGCCGAUCCCAGUCGCUCUCACCGCUAAGGUAUCACAGUUAUGAGUCUGACCACUAUUCAGACAAACUGGAGAUCGACGUGUUGUCUUUGGAUGGUGAAGCUUUGGACUCAGACUACCCAUCUUUGGAGGAUACACCCCCUGCUGCCCUGCCUCCAGAACCACCUGCCCCCAGCCCCAAAACUAAAACGGGCCUCAAGACCGGACGACACCACCCAAAAAAGAAAUCUCGCGCCUUGAAGAAAAUUGGCCAGUCUGAAUCCUCGUCCUCCUCUUCCAAUAGAACCAAAAGCAAAUGCCUCUCCUUACUGACUGUCACUUCAGGCUCUGCCCCCGUCUCAUCUGGCCUCCCCUCAGCAAAGCGAGCCAGGAAGAUAGGAAAGGACAAAGACCGGGACAAAGGCAGCAGAAAGGAUUUGGGUCGCUCCGGCAAAUCCAAGAAAGAGAGUGCCGGUAGUCGGAAAGGCAAGCUUCAGUCCAAAGUGUCUGUGCUAGUGCGGGAAGGUGUAAGCAGCACCACAGGGGCUUCAGUUGGCUCUGGAAAGCUUGGCAUGGACCUCCUAGGGCCAGGAGGUACAGGGGGCGGUGCUGGGGGCUCUGUGGUGGGUGGCUCAAUUGCUGUAGUCUUCUGCAGAGACAAUGAGAGCAGAUCUCCAUUCCUCAAACCUUGCUCAGAGCCGCUGACGCUGGCCAGCCGCAGUAAAGAUUUGGCCAGUAUAGGAAAGCGAAGCAGCCUGGCAGCACCACCACCAUCAUCCUUAACCAGUCCUGCAGGACUGAAAUCCAAGAAAACAAAACCAAGCUCCAUUACCUCCACCUCCACCUCCUCCUCUGCCUCCUCCCCCUCAUCAUCUUUGGCAACCAAACGCCGCCGUCGCCUGGCCAAGAAGACAAGAGAGAAAGGUGGAGCUGCAGGGUUUACGACUAGAGACGGCAGCCAAACAAACACAUCUGAGGGCUGGGGUGGAGCCACCUUAGAUGUUCAGUCAGCCGCUGGGGAUGGGAGCAAGUCACUCAGUCCACAUACUGGCCAAGCAGGUCCCGCACCCUGUUCCUCCUCCUCUUCCUCCUCAUCGUCCUCCACCAGUGUGCUCCCACCAUCCUCCUCACCACCCCACACGCCUCCGCCCUCUAUGGCCCCUUUGCGAGACACCAGAGAGUCUUCGCCAGACUCUCAGACUGUUGACAGCAGCUGUAAGACCCCAGACCCUUCGUUCCUAGCCGAGGACUGUCCAACUCAGACCAGCCCCACACUCCCGGCGUCCAGUCCGUCCAGCCUGUCCACCCCCCAGGGAGCUAGCCUCAGCAUCACCUUGUCUACGCCCACUGCCAAGCCCCCUCCUCCAGAUGACGCACCCAAAUCCCAGGCCUCACCUCCCUGCUCGUCGUCUUCGACAGGAUGCAGUCUCACUUCCCUUUCUCUGCCUCUGUCUUCGUCAGACCCUUCCUCCUCCUCUGUGUCCUCCUCGUCUGCUAGUAAGCCUCCUCCCCCUCCCCCUCCAGCAGCGCCCGCCCUCCCAUGGAGUUUGCAGACUGGGGUGGACUGCACAACCGGAGGAGUCCUAGCAUUGACUGCUCUGCUCUUCAAAAUGGAGGAGGCCAAUAUCGCCAGCAGAGCGAAAGCACAAGAGUUCAUUCAAGCAACCAGCCAGAUCCUCUCACAGGCUAAUCAGAGCCAGUCACAGCAGCAUGCCCCUCCCUCCUCAGCCUCUUCCUCUUCCUCACAGAUUCCUCCCCCUCCCGCUCUCCCUCCACCACCGGGUCUGAGCCCAGCCCAGUUCAUCCUCCACAGCUCCCUCCCAUUAGUCGGCUGCACCAAAACUCCACCCUCUCUCCUGCACCCAUCCAUAGGUGGUGGAUGUGCGCAGACCCCGCCCCCUAUCAUGCCUGUGGGGCUGUCAGGAGUGACUGGGAGCUCUGGUGACACUGGAUGGGACAAUGACAGCAAAGACCCUGACAAGUACCUAAAGAAGCUGCACACCCAGGAGCGGGCAGUGGAGGAGGUGAAGCUUGCCAUCAAACCAUACUAUCAGCGCAAAGACAUCAACAAGGACGAAUACAAAGACAUCCUCAGGAAAGCUGUGCACAAGGUCAGCCUCAGCACACGCAUAGUAUAGAAAAACACUAGUAGU